UCGGGCGACGCUACUUACUACCGCCCCGGCAAGACUUCCUGUGGCCCUGUCCAUUAUGACGAUGACCUAAUCGUCGCCCUCUCACCGGCCCAGUUCACGCAUCACCCCGACGCUUGUGGCCGCUACAUCCGCGUCAUGGGUUAUAAUGGCCACCAGGUCACCGUUCAGGUUGCCGAUAAAUGCCCAGAGUGCUCGCUGGGUAGCAUCGAUCUCACAUCUGCCGGCUUC